CUAUCACAAACACAUGUCAAACAUCUGCAGUCCAUGCUGGAGCAGGAAAAGGUAAAAGUCUUGGCACAACACGAAGAGCUGGAAAGCAAGCUCCUUUCCCUUCUUCAGUGGGUGAAGGAAACUUCUGAAUCACUGGAUUGUGAAGAGGCAAAUGAUUUGGGACUAGAGUCUACAUUGCACAGUCAGAUAGAUCACAUAGAGAGCUUGAGGCAGCCUGUGGCAGACACCAGGCUAGAACUGGAGAACAUAGCUUUUAAAAUUCAGUUAUUUAUCUCUGAGCAAGCCCAAGAUUUGACACCUCAACAAAGUCGUGUACUUCUUCGUCAUCUUAAUGAUCUACAAAGGUCUUUUCGAGAGCUCUCUGAGUCAUUGGUGUCAAGAAAUGAGAUUCUGCAGUCCCGUGAGCGGUUGGUGAAGCACAGCAUGGAAGUCAAGACACUAAAGGAGCAGCAGUUGACUUGUUCUCAGGGACUAGACGAACUGAGC